AUGGCUAAAGCAUGUGACAGAGUAGAAUGGGCUUUUUUAAGGGCCCUCAUGUUGAAAUUGGGGUUUGCUGCUCAAUGGGUUAACCGUGUGAUGCAUUGUGUCUCAUUGGUUUCUUUCUCGGUUCUUAUAAAUGGUGUACCUUCUUGGAAUUUUACUCCUUCUAGGGGUUUACAACAAGGUGAUUCGUUAUCCCCGUAUCCCUUUAUUUUGUGUGCUGAGGCAUUGUCGGGCUUGUUGUCUAAAGCAGUGGAUGGUGGUCGUCUUCAUGGGAUUCGAGUGGCUCCGACGGCUCCCCCAAUUUCACAUUUAUUAUUUGUGAACGAUAGUAUUAUUUUUACAAGGGCUAAUAUUGAUGAAGUGAAUACUAUUUGUGAGGUUCUUCAUACUUAUGAGGCGACUUUGGAUCAAAUGGUAAAUUUGGGGAAAACGACGGUGUCGUUUAGCAAGGGUGUGAAAGAUGACUAG